AAAACUUGUUAUCGUAAAUGAAUUAUCUUCAACAUUUUGGAUAAAAUGUGGCAGUCUUAUUUUCUUGACAUGUCAAACCUCCUGCCUAAUUUUAUUGAUGCGUGUUUCACGUUCAGUCCAGAAUUCGGAGUUAUACUCAGCUUCAACGGUUGUUGUAUGUAGUGAAUUUCUAAAACUUCUACUGUCGAUAUUUUUGAUUUUAUGCCAAGAAGGUGAAAUUAAACGUAGUAUUUCAUCAAUCUAUAAUCAAAUAAUUGUUCAGUAUAAUGAUAUGAUUCAAAUUUUAAUUCCCUCAACUCUUUAUAUUGUACAGAAUAAUUUACUAUAUUUUGCCAUUUCACAUUUGAAUGCUGUUUUAUAUCAGAUACUUUAUCAGAGUAAAAUAUUCACUACUGCUAUAUUUAUGAUAUUAUUGUUAAAUCAGCGCCUACGUUCAACUCAAUGGUUUGCUCUCUUAUUACUCAGUACGGGUAUCAUCUUCACACAGUUGCCUUCAUUAGAUCAAUCAACAUCGAGCAGUGAAUUCCAUUCAAGUUUGUAUGGGUUAUUAGCAAUUCUAUUGGCUUCUGUUACUAGCGGCUUUGCUGGUGUUUACCUUGAGAAAAUAUUUAAAGGGACGUCAACUUCGAUCUGGAUGCGAAAUCUACAGUUAGGUGAGACAGAAAACAUUGGUUAAUACGAAUCAUUUUUAAAUAUAAAACAUUGGCUACUAACGUGGUCCUUUAUAACUUGCGAGUUUUUUAGUCAAAUCGAUUAAGGGCACAGCAAGACAAAGGGUACUAAUAGGAUUCGAGUACAUAUAUACAUGGGGAAGAGAAUGAUUCACCGAACGUUAUUUAAGAUAUUGACAUUUGAGCUAGAGAGAUAUGUGCGUACAAACGUACACGUCUAUACAGAUAAGACAAUGAUCAUAAUGAAAUAAACAAAUAGACGAACCGGUGCUGUUAGAAAAACAUUGUCUGUUAAGUUAAUAAAAGGGUUUAACAAAAAUUAAACAUAGUUGAAAUUGAUUGUAGAAGAGUCGCUGUAUGUCCUUACCACUCCUUUUAGCAUAUUCAGCGUCCAAAUAUCAAUUAUUUGCCUUUCCAAAAUUUGUGAAAAUCUUUAUCUUGAUGAUAAGAAAAAAUUCUACAUUUUGAUGAUACAUGCGUUGCACAUACUUUUGAUAAGCUCUGUCGUAAUAAUCUUUCUUGUCUCUAUAUUCGACUUUCGGUAACCUUUAGCUGCAGUCUGUGAAUAAAAGUUAACAAUUGCUUGUUAAAUAUAUUUAUUUGUCGUCAGUUUCCUCAACAACAAAAAUCAUGUAGUAGGGCUAAGCAAUGGUCAUGGUCCAAUUUUGUUCGUCAAUUUUAAUGCAUUUCCCUACUAAUUUUGAUAUGACCCGUUUUGUAAUACACAGACUUGUAUGUAGUUAAGGUAUAAAUGCUGUUUGGCUUGCUGGACUAAUAAAUAAUCACACUAUAUUUCAAACUGUGCUAUUCAAUUAAGUUGAUCAUGGAUAUAUUUGUGCGUAGAUCUAGUCGGUCACCCUUGUGACUAUGCAACACUUGGUUGUAGGUCCUACGUCUUAUAGCGAUGCAAUUGCAACGUCCAAUCAACAUAACUCAGGUGACAAUCAUUACCCAUGAUUUGCGCCACUAAUCUAGACUUAGAUACUUACUGAGAUCAUUAAGAUGCUAAGCUUACGCAGUGACUCUUGACAAUGCAUCCUUAUAGAUCUAACAUUCACUAAUGAAUUUCUUUCUAUAUUUUAGGUCUUUUCGGCGUGCCAAUCGGUCUGUUUGGAGUUUUCAUUAACGAUGCAUCAAGAGUCAGAACUCUGGGUUUUUUUUACGGUUACACACCUAUCGUUUGGAUUGUAGUUAUUCUUCAGGCAUUUGGAGGGCUAGCAAUAGCCUUUGUCAUGAGAUAUGCUGAUAACAUUUUGAAAGGUUUCUCUAUGGGUCUAUCAAUGAUUCUGUCAUCUCUCAUAUCUUAUUUCCUAUUUGAUGACUUUACUCCAAACAUGUAAGAAAUAGCACAAUAUUGUUUUCUUCAACAUUCAGUACGUAGUUCAGUAAACAUUACUUUUAAAUGCUGUUCGUAAUGUGGAAGCGCCUUACAUACAAUUUGUAGGCUAAGUACAUUUAUAUUUGUAGCUCCUCUAGUUGUCAAUCAAUAAAUUUGUUAGUCUGUCUUUUAUAAAACAGAUUUAGCUAACCCGUCGGAUAAUGUCGAGACACAAUGAAUUACCCUUAGUCAGUUGUACACACACGAAAGUUUGUUUAAAGUAUAUCCAUUUACUAAGAAUGUCAAAGGUAUCUAGAAUGCAUCUUUAAUUUGAAAAGUUUUAUUUUCCAGACGUUAAUCACUCACUGACUUACGGAACACUGUUAUAUAAUUAAAAAAUUCAAUGUAUCAUGUAUUUAAAAUGUGGUAGGUUGAACUUCUGAUUUGUUUCAUGUUGCAAAAAGGACACGUUAUUAACAAAAUGAUAUUAGGUGAGUCAUAUAUUUCACUUUAUUGUUUGAUCUACAUCCAAUAUUAACACCUUAAUUGAUUCUCUUAAACAAAACUAAUAUUCAUAAAUUCAUUUUCAUUUAGGUAUUUAUUUGUCGGAUCCAUAUUAGUUAUCAGUGCAACGCUAAUAUACGGUCUCCCAGCAAAGUAUAACGCAGUCUCCUCAGUUUACCCAAACGUAAACAAAGCAUAAACUUGCAGGAAAUGUUGCAUCAACAAAGUGAUAACAAUCAAAUUGUAAAGUUUUUUUUUCCGGAAAAAUAAAAAUGACAAUCUGUUAUAAA